GGACCGAAGUGGAUCAGAGGAGACGCAUAUAUAAAGCUGGACGCCGGCUGCUCCGAGCAAGCGAGAAGUUGCGAACGGUUUCGUCUUUCGAGUCUCAAGACAGUGGUGCUCUUUUCAGUUCCCUGAGGUUUUCCUAACCAAGAAGCAUGCAGGCCUUCAUCGCAGCAGCCGUUCUCAGCUUCGUCGCCUCGGCUCUAGCCGGUGGCUACGGAGGUGGUUACGGUGGCGGUUACGGUGGCGGUUACGGCGGCGGCUACGCCGCGGCGCCCGUCGCACUCGCCACCUACGCCACCCCGGCCGUGGGCUACGGAUACGGCGUAGGCGCCAAGACCCUGUCCUACGGCGCAACCUACUCUGCACCCGUCGCUGCCUAUGCCGCCCCAGCCGUCACCAAGACCGUCUCAACGUACGCCGCUCCCGCCGUAGCCUAUGGUGGAUACGGAGGUUACGGUGGAUACGGAGGUUACGGUGGAUACGGAGGAUACGGCGGCUACGGAGGAGGACUGGGAUACGCCACCUACGCCGCACCCGCCGUGGCUAAGACCGUUGUGGCCGCUCCGGCGGUCGCUACAUACGCCGCUCCGGCCGCUGUCGGCUACGGCUACGGAGGAUAUGGCCAUGGCGGCUACGGAGGAUACGGUCACGGCGGAUACGGAGGUUACGGACACGGUGGAUACGGAGGAUACGGAGCCGGCUACGUCGCCCCUGCAGUCGCGACUUACGCUGCUCCCGCCGUUGCCCGCUAUGCCGUCCCGGCUGUAACCAAGACCGUGUCCGUGGCUCCUGCCGUCGCCAGUUACGCCGUGCCGGCUGUGGCCACCAAGGCUGUCGGCUACGGCCUCGGCUACGGUGGCGGAUACGGAGGUGGCUACGGAGCCGGAUACGGCAUCGGAUAUGGAGCCGGGUACGGCCUCGGCUACGCAGCGCCAGUGUACAGCCACUACACGUCCAAGUAUUACAAGAAAAUCGCAGCAGCCGUUCUAAGCUUCGUCGCCUCGGCUCUAGCUGGUGGCUACGGAGGUGGUUACGGUGGCGGUUACGGCGGCGGCUACGCCGCGGCGCCCGUCGCACUCGCCACCUACGCCGCCCCGGCCGUAGGCUACGGAUACGGCGUAGGCGCCAAGACCCUGUCCUACGGCGCAACCUACUCUGCACCCGUCGCUGCCUAUGCCGCCCCAGCCGUCACCAAGACCGUCUCAACGUACGCCGCUCCCGCCGUAGCCUAUGGUGGAUACGGAAGUUACGGUGGAUACGGAGGUUACGGUGGAUACGGAGGAUACGGCGGCUACGGAGGAGGACUGGGAUACGCCACCUACGCCGCACCCGCCGUGGCUAAGACCGUUGUGGCCGCUCCGGCGGUCGCUACAUACGCCGCUCCCGCCGCUGUCGGCUACGGCUACGGAGGAUACGGCCACGGUGGCUACGGAGGAUACGGUCACGGCGGAUACGGAGGUUACGGACACAGUGGAUACGGAGGAUACGGAGCCGGCUACGUCGCCCCUGCAGUCGCGACUUACGCUGCUCCCGCCGUUGCCCGCUAUGCCGUCCCGGCUGUAACCAAGACCGUGUCCGUGGCUCCUGCCGUCGCCAGCUACGCCGUACCGGCUGUGGCCACCAAGGCUGUUGGCUACGGCCUCGGCUACGGUGGCGGAUACGGAGGUGGCUACGGAGCCGGAUACGGCAUCGGAUAUGGAGCCGGGUACGGCCUCGGCUACGCAGCGCCAGUGUACAGCCACUACACGUCCAAGUAUUACAAGAAAUGAGCGCAUACCAAGACCAGCCUCUGAAGAAGAGCACGUCACAGCGCUCGCAAGAUUUUCGGGCUUCCACCAGGCAUCAGCGCAUCGAACGAGACUCACCAUCGAGACAAGCUUCCGCGCUUUUUCUUCGUAUUUAUUUUCUCGCUCGGCUGACUCGUGCUGCCGAUGCUUCUCCCGUUGAAAAUAAAAAAAAGCUCGCGAUAACACUUCA